CACGAUACUGUACAGUGUAAAAGCUUUGCUUGGGCCAACCGCCUGCUCUGCAACUGCUACUGCAUGCCCCACAUGUCACUAUCAUUUCUUCUCCUCCUCUCAUAGUCUGCAGCUACUUAUCCAAUCUUCCUGGAAAGAUCAACAUACGCCAUCUCCAAUCCACAUGCUAGAUCUGAUCGAUCGCCCAUGCAUGGCUUCCCUGGGCAUGCUCACCAUCAACGCCACUCCACAUGUCCCGCGGGGCGGCAGGCCACGACCUGACGUCGCCGUGCCCAGGCCGAGAUCCUACUUCCUCUGCCAAAGCCGGCUCCCGUCCGCGCCGCCGGCCGGCGGCGGCGGCGGCGGGGGAGGAGGAGGUGGGAAGAAGGGCCCGUGGUGGGCUGCCACGGCCGAGAGGCUGCGCGGCGACGUGGUGAAGGCGGGCAUGGCGGCGCGGGAGAGCCUGAGCCCCAAGCGGAAGGGGGACUGGAAGGACGUGACGCUCAUGAGCUUCUCCUUCGCCGUGUACGUGUACAUCUCCCAGAAGCUCGUCUGCACGUACUGCGCCUGCGCGUGGCUCUCCAUGAUCAAUCGCUAACUUCAGGUUGGAGGCUUGGAGUAAUUGUAUAUACCAAUUGUUGUUAUUUGAUGCGUAUGUAGGCUGUAUCUGUAAUCUAUUUAGCUCCAAUAAUAAAGCUUCAGAUGUUACUGUUGCCUGUAUGAUUCUACUGGAUUAAAGAAAAGGGAAAUGUCCAUCUCAUUCCCUACCAAAAACUACACAGAAAUUAUGCUGGACUUCUCUA